CAUAAGGAUUUUGCUGAACUUUCUCAGAAAGCUCAUUCACUCGGGAUUGUAGAGACUCUGGAAGCUUGUUCUCAUUUUCAGAAAGCUUCAAGUUAUAUGGUAACUUGAAUCGUUUGGGAAUGGUCAAUGCUUUCCAAGCCUUGACGGGCAUAAAAGAAAAUGGGUUACCAAAAAAAAUUACAGACUGCUUUGGUAUUUGAGGCAAGCACGACUGGUAAUUCAAGUCGCAGCAAAAUCCUGAAUGUCUACACCACUGGAAUUAUCUGACGAAGAGCAACAGCGACGGUUCCGAAUUGAAUUAGAAUUUGUCCAAUGCUUGGCUAAUCCCUGGUAUUUGAACUAUCUCGCUCAGCAACAAUACUUUCAGGACCCCGCGUUUAUCAACUAUUUGAAGUAUCUUCAAUAUUGGAAAUCGCCUGAAUAUGCCAAAUACAUUGUAUAUCCCCAUGCACUCCACUUCUUAGAUUUGUUGCAGCAUGCCCAAUUCCGCGAACAUGUGAUCACCGCAGAGCGAACGCAAGAUAUUCACAAAACACAAUACUAUCACUGGAUGUACUAUAGAAAGCCAGCAACAGAGACGCAAGGCGACCAAUCGCUACCUACCCUUGAAGGUGUGCCGCCAUCGCUUGACAAUAAUACCGACCUACACUUAGAAGCAUCCGAAUUUGUCAAUACCAAUAACAACGGAAACGACCAGAUUAGUAUGCAAAGUCAAUGAUUCUUCAAAGAUAUCCGAUAUGUAUCCUAUCUUGUACAUAGCAGUGUAACAAUUUCUUCGCGCUGUAUUCACAUGCACCUCACCGACCGACUUUUUCUAGAAAAAACCCCUCAUCAGCAAAUCACAAACACGUACAUAAUUGGCCUGUUUGUGCAGCGAAUGUCCUGAAUACAGGCUCUGGCUUUAAUUAAUAAAAUAUAAAUGGUGUGAUCUCCUACUAGCAGCAUAGAAAAGCUCUGCGUGUUGAAGAUAACGGAUCACUAAAUUAACUCAUUGUGAAACAGAAAUACAGAAAAUGU